AUGAGCCAGUUUUUAGAGCUCUACGACCCGCUGGAUAUCAUAGGAAACGGGUCGUUUGGUAUUAUUAGAAAGGUCCGCAGGAAAACGGACGGUAUGAUAUUUGCACGAAAGGAACUCAAUUUUGAGCGCAUGACUGAACGCGACAGAAAGCAGAUUGUUGCCGAAGUGAAUAUCUUGAAAGAUCUCCAUCACGACCACAUUGUACGAUACCAUGACCGAUACGUCGACAAAGAAGCCGGCAUUCUCUAUAUUCUAAUGGAAUACUGUGGUGGUGGCGACCUCUCGGGCGUCAUCAAGCAAGCUCAGAAACACAACCGACCAAUAUCAGAAGACGCUGUAUGGAAUUUCUUCCUACAGAUACUGCUCGCACUGCAACAUUGCCACCAUCCGAACGGACACUCGCGAAGUGGGAGCACCGGGUUAGAGCCAGAUAAUAAGGAGAGGCGGCCUCAGAUCCUUCACAGGGAUCUUAAACCUGACAAUGUAUUUCUCGACGAAGCUAGCUCCGUCAAACUUGGAGACUUCGGGCUCUCUAAAGCUCUCGCCCAGUCUAAUUUCGCAAAUACCUAUGUUGGGACUCCAUAUUACAUGUCCCCCGAGCUCAUGCAGGAGAAAGCGUAUGACUCCAAGUCGGAUAUAUGGUCCCUUGGCUGUUUAAUCUACGAGCUAUGCGCACUCAAGCCGCCUUUCCAUGAGGCUAAGACGCACGCCGAACUUAGCAUUUUGAUUCGCAAUGGUCGCGUACCGCCUCUACCUCGUGGUUACAGCCAGACCCUGUCUAGCGUCAUCAAGACCAUGCUCAAUCUGAACCCCGCCAUGCGGCCCUCUGCGGCGCAACUACUUCAACACGAGCGCCUCGUACUUGCGCUAAAGAUCUCUGAUACUGAGAAGAUGCUACACACUGUGAAAAUCCACAAAUCUACUCUCACUACGAAGGAGAGGGAGAUCCUCGCCCGUGAAGCUGCUGUGGCCGAGAAGGAAGCACAGAUAGCCAGCGUAUUCAGCCAGAAGGAUGCUGAAAUUAUAGCCUUGAAGGAUAUGGUGAAUCAGCUUCAGCAACACCAUCAAGUACAGGUCAAUGUAGAGGUGCGGAUACGAGAAGCCGUGGCCAAACGAGAGGAUGAACUGCGGAUCGCUGUUGCGAAGCGCGAAGAAGAGGUGGCUGCCGCGAUGGUGAGAAGGGAAGAAGAGAUUAUGGGUGCGAUUCGGAAGCGGGAGGCCGAGAUAUCCGAGGCGUGGAAGACGAGGGAAGAGCAAAUCAAGAAGGAAGUUGCUGAGGAGGUGGAUGAGAGGGUGAAAUGGGUUAUACAGCGGACGGAAGAGUUGAGUGAUGAAGAAGAGCGACUGGAAUCUAUACGGCUUGAGCUUGAGGAGAGAGCGAAAGUACUUGAGGCAUUGAAAGUGGCUGCGGCCAAGAAAGAGAAGUCUCCACUAGAAGAGAUCAAGAACCUCGUUUCGAGAGCUACCGAAGACAAGCGACCCGAGCACGUGCUGGACGCCCUCCAAACGCCUAUUGCUCGUACUUCGAAACUUCCGCGAGAUUAUGCACCUUCCGCAAUGAAAGGUGUUGUACUUACCACGACCGGAGAGGCACUGGCGACACCAUCUCCGGCUGAGUUGGCACAUCUGUUUGAUUCUCCGCGACCUGGAUUGGACUUUGCGAAGAUAUUUGACUUCCACGAGGACAAAGGUAAUGAGAGCGAGGAAGAGCCGGAGAUUACACCACCGCCGAGUCCGUCGAAACGGGAACGCCAACGACCACGUCCCGCUAGUAGAUCUACGAGUGUGCCCACAGAGACUGCAUCUUCCUCCCAAUUAACUGCGCCUCCAACUCGAUUGCGGCGACCGUCGAUCCGCUCAUCACAGAGACCGGGAGCUUCUCGCAACGCCCCAACAGAGGUCAAGCCUUUAUCACAUCCUCACCUACAACGCGAGGGGCCGACCGCCCCCCAGAUCGUCCGCUCGGUUACAAUGCCGGUCACUUUGCCUAAUCCACCAAAGUACGAUCUGGAAGACGAGGAGAAUCUCCCAAGCCCUUUCCUGAAGAAGACCGAUAAAGAUAAGAUACCAGCCAAUGGAGCGCCCCUGAAGGGAUUGAAUAUCAAUGGCGGUAUCGCAAGUGUACCAGGGAAGGCGAGGACGGGGAAGCGAACGAGUACGGGUAAUUUGCUGCGAACUGUGGCGGCCGCGAAUAAUGCUGUGAAGAAGGGUGUCUCACCGCCAAAUACAACGAGCUCGGAGACCAGCGACCCUCGGCCGUCCGUUGCGACUGCUCGGAAAGCAGGUGAGGAGGCAAGGAAAGCUUUGUCGAGAUCAUAG